AUGGGUCGUUCAAGAGUUUUAUCCUUCAUGUCAGCUUUUGGCGCACCGAAAUCACCAACGUCGACCUCGUUUUCUGGCCCACAGAACUCCCCUCAACAGCAUGAUAUCAAAGAGAAGAUCACCAAUUCCGCAUCUCCUCAGCAUGUAGCGGCACCGGCGAGAGAUUCACCGCCUCCCAGGACACGCGAGCGGUCAUCGUCCAUCAGACCCAUGUCGAUGGUGCAAACAUAUCAACCCCCCGUCAUGGAGAUUGCUCAGGAUACGAUACCGGAGCUUCAACCCAUCUUCAGCUUUCUCAACAGCCACUCCAAUAAAUUAUACCAAGAAGGAUACUUCCUAAAGCUCAAUGACCUGGAUUCAAACGGACGACCAAAUCAUGACAGAUCAUGGACGGAGUGCUUCGCUCAACUCGUUGGCACCAUUUUGUCUUUGUGGGAUGCCUCCGCACUGGACGCCGCCGGCCAAGACGGAGAAGUUGCACCUACUUUCAUCAACCUCGCGGACGCCUCAAUCAAGAUGAUUGAAACCCUUCCUACUCGAUCUCAAGAGGUCCAGCCUCUACAAAAUGUCCUCAGCCUUUCGACCGCAGGAAAAAAUCGGUACCUGUUCCAUUUCAAUUCUCUACACUCUCUUACGCAGUGGACUGCUGCUAUCAGGCUAGCCAUGUACGAAAACUCUACACUCCAGGAAGCUUACACGGGCUCUUUGAUCGCUGGCAAGGGGAAGCUCCUCAACAACAUCAAGGUCAUCAUGGAUAGGAUGAGGAUCCAAAACGAAGAUUGGACAAGAGUGAGAUUCGGAGCCGGCACACCCUGGAGACGCUGCUGGUGCGUGAUCUCACCUCCUAGUGAGAAAGACGUGCAAAAGCAACAGAAGCAACUGAAGAAGAAGUCCGCAUACGAGCGUGCCCCCGUCCUCAAAGGCAAUAUCAAAUUCUACGAUACUAGAAAGACCAAGAAAGCGCAGCCCAUUGCAACUAUCAGUGACGCGUACUCAGCAUACGCCAUUUAUCCGCAGUCCAAACCCCUCAUCGAUCAGUCAACCCUGGUCAAAAUAGAGGGCUCGAUUACCAUCCAUUCUACACCGGAAACAACGACUGAUGGAUUCGUGUUCGUCAUGCCAGAAACUCAUCCUGCCGUUUCCGGGUUUGAAAUGAUGCUAAGAUACCUUUUCCCUGUCUACGAUGUCUUUGCGUUAUACGGACGUCCGAAUAGAUUGACUGCAGACACCCUUGACACACGCAGUUUGAUGUUCGCUUUGCCACAGGAGAGGCGAUAUGGAUACUUGGAGAUCUUAGACGUGGCCGGUUUGAUUCAUGAGACUGGCAGUCAAUCUUGGACAGAACGAGACUGGAGACAGAAGAUGAAAGAUCUUACCUCGCAGCGUAUGACAAGAAUGGCGUCGAACGGCCGGCCCAGGAGCAGGGCAAGCAGCUACCGAGGCUACAGAAACAGCGUCGCUUCGCGUGCUGGUACUCUUCGCUACGAAGACGGCGCGUCGAUCAAGUCAACGCCUUCUUUACGCAACGAGUCUGCUCCCGCGCCUCCACAGCAUCUUGAUCGAGCCAACUCAGAACCGCCAGCGGAUCAGCCAUUCACUCCUCCUCGGCCUAGGGCACAACACCAGCGGUCUUUCUCCGAAGCCAGCCCUCAGUCUACGCCUCCUCGCCAAAGAUCCCAAAAGUAUGUUCAGGAACAAAAUUAUACACCUUCUCGCUUGUCACACGAGCAAUCUAGGCCCUCUUUUGAAGCUACUCCUCCUCGUGCAAACUCGUAUGAACAAAUGGCUCCACCGCCUCCUUCUCAUGGCGUUCCCAUUGGCAUGGCAGCCCGCAACCCUCAAAUGCAAAGAUAUGCCAACGAAUCCGGACGAAGCAGCUCAGAGAGUGAACGGCGGUUUGCUGGCGUCAAUGGUAGCCGUAGGGAAACAGAUCCGCAGGAAAUACGCCAAGAGAUGCGUCCUGCUCCACCACCCUCCCUGGUUGCAGCUCCCCCAGCUUUCUCUCAUGAACCUGGCGCUAAGCCUCAAAAGAGGCCUGGCUUGAAUGCAGAGCUACGGCGUGCCAACAGCCGGCUGUCCGUCACGACACUAUCUCAAUUGGCUGACGCAGGGAGCGCCGGUACUACUGGAACCGCUGCAGCAGGCGCGGCAGCUGCGUGGAAAAGCAACUCGCAGAGGAGUAUGAGUGGGACGUCUUUGGAGGACCAGGGACAACGUGGGGUAAACCUUAACGCAAGCAACAAUCGGAGCACUGCUGACCGUUCCUCUCCUGCUGAAGGCAUGGUAACAGCGAAAACCCGAUAUCCUCCCCCGAACCGUGAAGGUUCCCCAGACACUUCAUUCGCCUCGUCUCAGUCGGAUAAUCAAAACGCUCCAUACUACAAGGACAAACCUUUAAUGUCUUCAUAUGACCUUUUAUCACCACCAAAUCCUUCUUCGCGCGCUACUUCACCUUUAUCACAGCCUUCUAUGUCUUCUUCACCACUCUUUCAGCCAGCAAAUGGCGUUAGGACUGCUCGGAAGUCCUCUCUCAGCAACCAAUCACCGGCAGCUUCAUCCUCGAAUCCCGUCUUCGGCAUCCAGAAACCGCCUCCCUUCCCAAUGACCCCUCAACAACGCCCCGAGGCCCAACGAUCAAAAUCCAGUAUUUCUAGGAAACCUGUUCCAGAUAAAUCACCGUCUCCGACCAAAGAACCGCCUGCGCGAGUCGAUUCCGUCCCACCCACCGCAAAGUCAAGCCUCGACAGUUUGCACAGCCGCUACAUCGAUGAAGAAGCGCUUGCUCAAGUACUUGAGCGACAGCGUCUGCAGUCUCUCACCAGUGAGAAUAAUGCUGGUUUCGUAGACGAUGCCAGCGUUUACGACAACGAAUCAACAGUGUCGCCAGACUACGCCAGUACUCGCAAAUCUACAGAGACGAAGAGAUCACGGCCAUCGGUCGAAAAGCCUCGAAGAGGUGUGCUGAAAACUGUAGGCACUGUCGAGCCUGUACAGCAAGAGGUUCAAGUCGGAGAUAUUCACUACAGACCUGGCGCGACUCCUGAGCCGCUGAAUCCUGAGAUUCCAACGGUCGAUUUUGGACCCACGCAAGCGUACAAUCCGAGGACCAGCAGCAGACCCAAUACUAGUGGAUCACUGACCCAGCAAUUAAAUGAUAGUUCAGAUUCCAGAGGUAGGUUCACACCCAGCCCUCGGAACGAAGAGCCAGCAGAAGCACAGCCCUCGUCAGUGGUCUACCCAGCUGGACAGCAAAACGAGUCCUACGAGCGAGCGCCCAGUCGAAACAUCAUCACUCCUGAGCCUCAAAUACGAUCUCCUUCGGCAGCCGAUGGCAUUGACAAUCGUAGAAGCGUCGCGUGGCAGCCGGGAGCUCAGAUUGGUGGAAGUCCAGGUGCCAGACAGUCUAUCACGCCAGAACAAUUCGUACAACAGCGAGCAACUGCGAAUCGUGUAAUGACACCUGUCUAUGCACAUGCUCGCAAACAUUCAGGCCCUUCUACUCCGCCAGCGGUGCCGAGGAACACGUCGGGAGAGUGGCCAAUUCAACAACAGAAAAGGCAGUCUUCGUAUGGCAAUGAUUUACCUGCCCGACCUAGUUCUCGUGCCGCAACUGCGGUGAUGAACAAUUCUAGCGAUUAUACAGCACACCUCUCAGCGAGGGAGCAGGAACAUGUCGCCCGGGUCACGAAUUCCCCUCUUAUCAACAUGGCUGGCAACACCAACAAGAACCUACCUCAAGGUGGUGGGUUAGUAGGGGCAAUCGAGGCGCGUGAAAAGGAAAAAAGGGAGAUCAAGCAAGGUCUGAGCGGCCAAAUGGUCCAACAAGCCAUUCACCAGCGCCAACAACAUAGCCAAGGUCAGCAGCAGAGGCAACCAUCGCAACAAUCCUUCUCUACGCCCACCCCUCAAUUUUCUAUGCCUGGGCAAUUUCCUUCUUCUCCUGGUCAACCUCCUACCCCUGGGGUGGCGCAGCAGCAGUAUGGCUGGGGCACACCGCAACAACAGCAGCAGUACGCUUCGUACCAACAAUACCCGCAGAUGCAGUCUCAACAAUGGACACCACCGGCAAUUCAGCAGUACUGGGGACAGCAGCAAAGUUCACCGUAUCAGCAGCAGCAGCAGCCGCCUUCGCCGUUCCAACAGCAGCAUGGGCCGUUCCCCGUGCAACCUAGUUUUCAGCAACAAGGUCAAUAUGGUCAGGCUCAGCAGCAGCAGCAAUAUGGCCCGUACUUUGGUAAUGGGCAGGGUGGUCAUCAAUGA